CUUAGACCAAUGUUCAUGUUCUGAGAAUUGGGUGGGUAAUAAGAGGUGUUACUGCGCCUCUGCACAGAUUGCAGAAGAGGAGAAUUGGCAAAGAGAGUUGGAAGAGAAGGAUUUGAUCAUUGAUAGACUACCAAGGUUCAAUAGGGUGAAGCUUCCUAAAGGUAUUAAACUUUCAAAGGGUGAGAUGAGAAGGAUUAGUCAGUUUAGAGACAUGCCUUACAUUUCACCGUAUGAGGAUUUCUCUGAAAUAAGGCCUGGUACUUCGGAUAAGGAAAAACACGCAUGUGGUGUGGUUCAUGAAAUUCUGAGCCUCGCAGUCGAGAAAAGGACUCUUGAUGAUCACCUUACUCAUUUCAGGGAAGAAUUUAGAUUCUCUCAACAGCUGAGAGGCAUGCUGAUAAGACAUCCUGAUAUGUUCUAUGUCUCUUUGAAAGGGGAUCGAGACUCAGUUUUUCUACGUGAAGCUUAUCAGGAUUCACACUUGAUAGAAAAGAACAGGUUAUUGCUCAUCAAGGAAAAGCUUCGCUCCCUUGUUUCUCAUUCAAGAUUACCCCGGAGAACCACUCCACGAACUGAUUCUGCUGAAAUAGAAAAAACUGAGUCCAAAUAUGGAAUUGAUGCUGUAGGAAGAUGAAGAUUGGUCCGACAUUGAUAACUUAGGGACUGAUGGAUUAGAUGAAGAUGACGAUGAUGACUGGAGUGAUGAUGGUGAUGAUCUACCUCCCGACUUCAGUGAUGAUGAAGAUAGCAAACCGACUACACAAGUUAAUGGUGCACAGAAGGAGGAAGAAAAGAUUUUGGCCCCCGUGUUUCCAGAUGGUCGGCCUCAGGAACGCUGGUGAGAAAUAUAAACCUGUGCUUGGAUUAUUUCGCGCAUGAAAGACUUUGAUACAAGAUCUUAAAUUACAGCUUCUGCUAUUGGCUUGUUCCAUUCGCGCGAGGUUUGAAGUCCCAGGGUAAAAGAUUCUUCCAUUCUCUUGACAUCCUGCGUCAGCGUUAGCUUAGCUAGCAUCUUUGCAUCAGAUUUACAGUUCAAUGUUGUCGUUAAGUUAAAUAUAUUUGCAUCCUGUUGUGAACUAAGUCUUGUAUUUACGUGAGGAAGGUUGAGGCCUGGGCAGCAACGGCCUGCUUCAUGAACCAGGUUUGGUAUUUAAGUUUGGAAGGGUAGAAGGGACCGGGCAUUAACGACAGACAUAUUUUUUCGGUUACUCAAAGAAAAAAAAAAAGAAUUGAUGAUGCCAUAUAUUCUUCUGCCAGCUCUUUGAAGUAAUGUGUGUGUGCUCUUGUGAGCAAAGGAUUGUAGAAUAAAAUGUCUUCUUCUCUUAAUCAUCAUAUCUCCAAGUCUAAACCAAAGUAAUAGAUGCCACUUGUAUCAUUAUUUGGUUAGUGGAUACUACUCAAGACACUAUCAAAGAUAUGGAUUCUACAAUUAUCAUUAUUCUUACAAAGUAA